UAGUGGCCCCGAUCUGGACUGAUUGAGGUCUCCCAGUCAGGAAGUCUAGGACCCAGUUGCAGAGGGAGGUGUUCAGGCCCAGCAGGUUCAGCUUUCCAAUCAGAUGUGUGAGGGCCAGAUGGAGGGUGGUGACGAUGGCGUCGGCUGUCGAGCAUUUGGGACGAUACACGAACUGCAGGGAGUCCAGUGAGGGGGGCAGCAGAGUCUUGAUGUGCCUCAUGACGAGCCUUUCGAAGCACUUCGUGACGAUGGAUGACAAAACGAGCAGCAGAAACACGGUUUCCAUCAUCAUCAUCAUGAAGGUACCUGCAGUGGUGCUGUUGAUCCUGGGCUCAGUUCACCUGGUCUCUACAGACUCCCACUCUCUCUCACUGGAGGGCACAUAUAUAUCUGGAGAGACACAGUUCCCAGAGUUCACUAUGGUACUGUUGGUCAAUGAUGUUCCUGUGGAAUAUUAUGAUAGUGGCAUAAAGAAGAUUGUUUCUCGGAGACACUGGAGGGUAAAUGACUCCAUACAGGAAACUGAUCUCAGAGAUUAUGUGAUUGCAGACCUUUACACUAGCCUGCAAAACUCAUUAUUUACUAUGAUGAAGCACUCCAAUCAAACUCAAGGAGUUCAUGUUUAUCAGAGAUUUGCAGUCUGUGACCUGGAGGAUGAUACACUGAGUAGAUUUUUUGUUAUAAAUGCCUAUGAUGGAGAGGAUCAAUAUCAAUAUGAUGCCCUCAGUCAUACAGAGAAUGCAUUUGUGCCAGAGUUUGUCUGGAGCAGCGUCAGAAGAAACAUCAUGAAACAGAAGUACUCAAAUAUCUACCGGCCUUUGUGUGUGAGGACACUUAGGAGAUACCUGCAGGAGGACAAGAACAUACUGCUGAGGAAAGAGCGUCCCAGAGUGAGGGUCAUACAGAAGACAGAGCCACACAGCGGAAGGACACAGGUGAGCUGUGUGGCCACCGGCUUCUACCCCCGACGCGUCAACAUGACCCUGCUGAGGGACGACCGGCCCGUCCCAGACCGGGAGCUCACGGGAGGACAGGUGCUGCCCAACGGAGACGGGACCUACCAGCUGAGAAGGAGUCUGAGUGUCAGUGAGGAGGAGCUGAGAGAGAGACACCGCUACACCUGUACUGUGUCGCACCUGAGUGUGGACAACAAGCUGGACGUCAACUGGGAACCAGAAGCUCCUGUAGACCCUGUGCUCAUCAGUGCAGUUCUCAUCGCUGUCCUGGUUCUCACUGCACUCAUCAUCACAGCCAUUGUCCUCUGCAGGAAGAGAAGACACACUGGGAUCAAGAACUUGUGUCCAUCAGCUGCUGGAGUGAAAUAUGCUGCAGCCCAGAAAAGUGAUGCUGAUUCAUCAAGCAGCUCCUCGGGAUCUUAAUGACUUUACUGCUCCUGUCUUCUGUAAACCUUCCAGAAACUGGACUGAGCCCAUCAUUUAUAACAUACAUAAUUACUUGUGUGGAAACAUAUCCUGUGUUAUUGUAUUUUGAAACUUUCCUAUUGUUUUGCAGUAUAUUAAAUUAA